AUGCCCCCAUUCAAGAUCAUCACCGACACCCACGACCAUGGUGAAAAGCCAAUGCGCUUUGGACACAAGGCACCUACAUUCGAUUUCUGGCUAGAGAUCUACCUCCAAGACGACAUGCCCGACUACGCCGUUCAAGAACUCAGGUCGUGUAUCCGACAUCAUUUGAGAUCUCGCACACUCACUCUUCCCGCAUGUGACAUCUACUAUUCUCCUCCCGGAUCACUACCAACAAAAGUCUUGUGCCAGAAGGGAGGGACUCAGCUCGGAUGGCACCUUUCUCCCUCUAAGCUGGCUACGCUCAUCCGUUCCCCAAUCACUCUUGCUGUCUGCCUCGAGUUCCCUCAUCUCUUCAAAGACCCUGCUUCAUUGGAAGAGUACCAAAGGGAAUGGACCGCGAACGCCUACAACUGUUUUACCACAGUCCCACAUCAUUUUCGCCGCGAUAUCCUGGCUCGGUUGGUCAACAUUUGCGCAGAAGAGAUGAAGAAGGACAAGACUCUGCGUGAAGGUGCCACGGAUCCUAAUUCAUAUACCAAGACGCCAGCCUCCGACUCCAACACGAACGACACUUCUGAGAACAAGCGACCUCGCAUCGAUAUGCCACAAAUCGACCCCGGAAAGAGUCUGAAGCGUAGACAUAGCAACCUCGAGUAA